GCAUAAUUAUAAUACACCGUUUCAACGUAAACACAGGUCAUCGCGUGGCAGAUUGUUUUGAUAUUAUUUACUGACUGACAAACAAUGAUUAAACGUCUGAAAAAGACACACAACCAUUAAGUAGUAAUUUAUAGAAUGACCGAAUCUGAAUCAACAAAAGAAUCUCAAACCAACGUUAUGGAAUCAGCAUCAGUUUUGAAGUAUAUAAGUCUUGUCUUACUGACAGCCCAGAAUGCCGUGUUUAUCUUGUCUAUGCGAUAUGUACGGACACGUGAAGGAGACAUGUUCUUCACUACAAGUGCCGUGAUCCUGCAGGAAGCUAUCAAAUGUUUUGUCAGCCUUAUCAUUAUUCUGGUACAGGAAGGGUCAGUGAAAGGAUGGCUUCAUCAUUUAAAUGAGAACAUUUUGAAAAAUCCUUUAGAUUGUAUAAAAGUGUCUGUGCCUUCCCUAGUCUAUACUCUACAGAACAACUUGAUUUUUAUUGGCGUUUCUAACCUUGAUGCAGCUGUCUUCCAGGUAGGUUACAAUAGGUUAUUUUUAUUAAAGGAACUCCACUGAGGUCCAAAAUCCUAA